UUGUUUGUUUGUUUGGGCAAUGGCUCCACAUAAGCAGAGCUCCUCAGGUGGAAACCACCCGGUCGGUUUCGGUCCCGGAGGAAAAGCCCACGGUUUUUACCAGUCGUCCUCCUCGUCGAUGGCUGCAGCCAAGAAGCCCAACAUGCAACUCAUUCAAGCCGACCAUGAGUUGUUCCUGCAGGCCUUCGAGAAACCAACCCAGAUCUACAGGUUCCUCCGCACUAGGAACUUAAUUGCUCCCAUAUUCUUGCACAGGACACUCACAUAUAUGUCCCACAGAAACUCAAGGAAUAAUGUCAAAAGGAAAAGCUCCAAGGUCGACAAUCUGCUGUUCAAAGUGGAAAAGAUGAGGGGUGAGCAGGAGACUCACAGCUUGGCCUCUAAUCUGCAGCUCACCUUUACUGGUUUCUUCCAUAAAGCUGGGAAGCCAUCUCAGGACUGUGAGAAUGAGCAGAACUCCGUGUCUCUGGAGGUGCUGCUGGUCAAAGUCUGCCACAAGAAGAGGAAGGAUGUAAGCUGUCCAGUGAAGCAGGUCCCUACAGGGAAGAAGCAGGUUCCUCUGAACCCAGACACAAGCGCUGGAGUCCAGGCCAAGCCAGGCUGUUUCCCCUCCCUGCUGGUCCCCAGCAGCGAGUUUGAACCCAGCAACUCUCACAUGGUCAAGUCUUACUCAUUACUCUUCAGGGUAUUGUGGCCUGGAUACCCUCGAACACAGAUCAACGGCCUGACAAACGGAGAGAAUCACCACAACAGAGAUUUUACAGAGGAAGUGGUAAACAGGAAAAGGAGGAGCUCCUCUCUCAGGGAGGAGGGAGAAACCACAUUUGUGGCUCAGAUGACUGUCUUUGAUAAAAACAGACGUCUGCAGUUGUUAGACGGAGAGUAUGAGGUGUCUAUGCAAGAGAUGGAGGAGUGUCCUGUCAGUAAGAAGAGGGCAACCUGGGAGACCAUCCUGGACGGAAAGCGUCUACCGCCAUUUGAGAGUUUCUCCCAGGGACCCACCCUGCAGUUCACCCUGCGCUGGACCACGGACUCCUCCGAUCGCUCCACUGCACCCGUGGCUAAACCCUUGGCCACCCGCAACUCUGAGACCAACCAGGACACCAGACCCAGCACCCUGAGAGCCACUCAAACACUGGCUCUUAAAGAAUCCAUCAACACUGACGUGCAAACCAGAAGAGAACAAAUCUCAGCUGAGCCCAGACAGAAACUACGCAUCCUCUACCAGUUCCAGUACAACAACAACACUCGGCAGCAGACGGAGGCCAGAGACGACCUCCACUGUCCCUGGUGUACCCUCAACUGCAGGAAGCUCUACAGUCUGCUCAAACACCUCAAACUGUCCCACUCCCGCUUCAUCUUCAACUAUGUGCCUCAUCCUAAAGGAGCAAAGAUCGAGGUCUCCAUCAACGAGUGUUACGAUGGUUCGUAUGCAGGAAACCCUCAGGACAUCCACAGCCAGCCGGGGUUCGCCUUCAGCAGGAACGGCCCCGUCAAGAGGACCGCUGUCACCCACAUUCUCGUCUGCAGACCCAAGAGGACGAAGCCGAGUCUGUCUGAGUUUCUGGAGUCGGAGGACGGUGACGGAGAGCAGCAGAGGACAUACAUCAGCGGACACAACCGCCUCUACUUCCACAGUGACAGCUGCCUGCCGCUCCGGCCUCAGGAGAUGGAAGUGGACAGCGAGGACGAGAGGGACCCCGACUGGCUCAAAGAGAAAACUGUCAAGCAAAUCGAGGAGUUCACCGACGUCAACGAGGGGGAGAAGGAGAUCAUGAAGCUGUGGAACCUGCACGCCAUGAAGCACGGCUUCAUAGCAGACAACCAGAUGAACGAGGCCUGCCUGCUGUUUGCCGAACACCACGGCGCCCACAUCGUCAAACACAACCUCUGCCGCAACUUCCUGCUGCACCUGAUCAGCAUGCACGACUUCAACCUGGUCAGCACGCUGACCAUCGACCGGGCCAUGGCCCGGCUCCGUCUCAUCCAGAGCCAGGCCUCUCAGAGAGACAAAGACAGGGAGGACGAGGACGAGGACGACGAGGAAGAGGAAGAGGAGGACUGGGAGACGGCGGUGGAGUCCCAGCCGGAGCCAGAGCCGGACCCAGAUCCUGACCCCGAUCCGUCAGAGUAUAAAACCUGUAGUGACGAGACGAGCAACGGCUGCCUGGAGAACGGAAACCGGCAGGAGGAGGAGAGCGGAGGAGCUGUGACGGAACGAAUGUUCAGCAAGCAGAAACUCUCCGGCUCCGGCUCGGUUCUAAACUGACAGCUCAAGCAGAGAGCCACAAGAUCCCAAACAGGACUCGAGUUUGGAAAAUUGAGGCUACAAACCAGAAUCGACAAAAAGGCGACAGACAAGCAGGUGUUCAAACACACGCACAGGUUACUGCAGGGAUUAUGUUUUCAAGGGCAGGUUACAUCAGAAACAAGAUGAACUUUUACUCACGAAAGUCGUUUGGUUUUCAAUGUUCACACAUUUACAUCGAAGAGACGCUUCAGAGGCGUUCGUCAUUUGGUGACUCAUGAAAGCGAGGAGUUCAGAAAAACUUGAAGCUUUGAAUCAUCGUCAUUUUCUCUUUUUUGAGAACUACAGAGGUGCCACGUUAUUUCCUUGGAUCUCCAGCCCAUCACGUUUAUUAACGACAAAACUAUGAGGUGAGCACAAAACACACUCGGCCUUCAGGCUGGAUGUGUUUGACCACAUUUUGUAGACCUAAAGGAUGAGGCUGGCGGUUUUCUAGAUUAUUCUAAUUGUCAGCAAAUCCCACGAAAAGAGCAAAACCAACAGUGUGUCAGUCCGUCUCUCGGCGCUUGGACUCUCAUUCCUCUGACCGUGGCUCUCAGCUCCGAGCCCCAUGGGUUUGUACCGAAGACGUAAAUCUUUAAAAACGACCUCACUAAUGUAUGAUUUCAUUUUUUAAAAAGGCUCAGUAAUUCUCCUAAAACAGCCGGUCGCUGUAGUUUUUUAACAAACAGGAGGAAAUAGUGCGUUUGGGACUGAGAUAUAUCAGGAUUUGAAACGCACACGAAGAAACAUUCAUUGUUGGUUUGGGUCUUUUUAGGGAUUUGUUGACGAUAAGCAAACUAAGGAAUAUAACAAGACGAAUCCAGAAGUUUGGGUCUGUGGGCUGAAAGUUCGAAAUCUGCUUCCACAUGUUUCUGCAGCUGUUCUGGCAGAUUGAGCAGAGAUUAGCCAACACGUUUUUUUGGAUCCGUUUUCUGCUCGCUCAGAUCCACAGACGCAGCUUUUUCUUCUGGGCUCAAAACAUCAACCGCACUCUGUUGCUCCUUCAACCCAAUCUGCGUUUUCAAAUCGGCCUCUGUAGUUUCCAGACCAAUCAGAUCCACCUUGUGCUCAGUCCACGGUUUUGCCAAUGAGCUUCAAAUGGGAUCAUUUUUGUCUUCCUCAGUGUGACGCACCAAUCAGUGACCUUCCAGACACACUCAGCUCCACCAAAGGUUUUCAUUUAUUACCGAGUGUGUGUGCACGUGCACGUUAGUGUCAUGGGUGUCAGAUCAGGUCUGCGGGUCUCCGAUCAGGUCUCUGGGGUCUCUGCACAGACUCGACAGUUGACGUGAAUCGGCCGCAGCAUCUGUCUUCCUGAACUCCGCUGCAGUUUCACACACUUUACUGGUUUUUAAUUUUCCACUCGAUGACAGUAUAUAUUGAUAUUUAUUAUAUUUUUUAAUUUUUCUAAGUACUAAAGUUUCCAGCCCGCUCCGAGUCCUGGAUCCGAUGUUCACAACUCAAAUAGUCCAGCUUGAGGGCUCAUCUGAACUUCUGUCACUGGGAUUACACACGCAGACAAAUCGGCAGGAUUCACCAAAUACCAGAUCGGAACCGGGACACUAGUGUGCGUGUGUAGUCGUGUUCCAGUACAGUUUCUACUACUGGUGCUAGAUCUUUUUUUUUUGGUUUUUUUGGUUUUAUGGUUUUGUUUUAUUCCUCACUUGGUGGAAACAAGUAACACUGCCAGCACUCACAAACGCCAAGACGCAUCGCUGCUUCUUCAAACAGUGCUCCUCAUCGUGCAGCUCUGCUCUGCUGAGCCCAGGACAACAGACGGACAGUACGAACCGUGUCCCUCCUCACGCGCUGCCUCCUGUGAAAUCCACAGUUCGGUUGCUCGACUUGCUCAGAUGGCUCUGAGAAAUGCAGCCACCUUAUUCGCAAAAUCUGGACACGGCACAAGCACAAGCGUGUCGUGUGUGUUGAGUCCGUCGACGUGUCGGUCGCUUGUUUAUUUUCGUCUCUGCAAAGCUGAAAUCGAGAAACGUAGAUUUUCUGAUUUAGGAGGAGGAGGUAGGUUCAGUCAGAGUUGGACCCACAGAGAAUUCAUUGUCUGAACAGUUCAUCUCCAACGCAUUUAAGCCUUUUACCAGGUGCUGCUUCCAGUUUCUUUCAUGUGAGAAAUUGCUGCCGAUCAUGAACUGAAUCCCUUUUGGGGUUUUGGACUGCUGGUCCCACGCCAGAGCUCUGGGAACUUCUGAUCUGCAUUUUCCAUUAUUUUAUCGACUAAUUUACUAAGUGAUCACGAAUGAAAAUGAGUGAUUGAGGCCACACCUGUGGAGGCGGCGGUCCCCCUGAAACAGCACCCGGGUAAAAGCACCACCGUUAACUGGAGAUGAGUUGUUCUUCUUUCUUUUUUAAUGUGUCAUUUCUCAGCUGGUUUUUGAUUUAUUUUUCUCCUCAUUGUUGCUGCACCUGCCCACUGCACCUGUUGUUAUGUACAUAAGACUCUGUGAAACUAUAUGUAAUAAAUUAGCUUUUGACCACGGUUGUUUGGAAACCUGAACGCCACCCGGGAGGUUUUGUUAGUUCCUUCGUUCACAGACCAAAGGGGAUGAAUUCGCUGCAGAUUUCUCCGCUCUUGUUUCGUGUCUCCUGUGGAAAAUAUUUCUUGCUUUUUGUUUUAAAAAAAAAAAAAUAAAUAAAAACAAACACAAAAAAAAAAACAAAAAAAACCCCAGAACAAACAAAAAAAUAAGGUUCCUACGAAGCAGAUUCAGGCUGCAUCCCUGAACCAUCUGACCCGGUAUCACGGUUUUCAAAUGAUCCUGAAGUUCGGUUUCAGUGAGACACAAAAAAAAAAAAA